AUGAUUGCUGAGAAACCUCUCUGGGUUAGGCAUGAGGGCAUGCAGAUUUUCUCCAUUGAUGUUCAACCAUGUGGGCUUAGGUUUGCUACUGGUGGUGGUGACCACAAGGUUCGGAUAUGGAAUAUGAAGUGUGUUUCAAAUGACAAGACAAAAGACGAUUCUUCUCAGAAGCUUCUUGCAACCCUGCGGGAUCAUUUUGGGUCUGUCAACUGUGUAAGGUGGGCUAAGCAUGGAAGGUAUGUCGCGUCUGGCUCAGAUGACCAGGUCAUAUUAAUUCAUGAGAGGAAGCCUGGCUCGGGUACCACAGAAUUCGGCAGUGGAGAGCCACCGGAUAUUGAAAACUGGAAAGUUGCAAUGACAUUGAGAGGGCACACUGCAGAUGUGGUGGAUCUUAAUUGGUCUCCUGAUGAUUCGACAUUAGCUAGUGGGAGUUUGGACAACACUAUUCAUAUAUGGAAUAUGCGUAAUGGCAUUUGCACUACUGUUCUAAGGGGCCACUCUAGCCUGGUUAAGGGUGUUGCUUGGGAUCCUAUUGGAUCUUUUAUAGCAAGUCAAUCUGAUGAUAAGACCGUCAUUAUCUGGAAAACUAGUGAUUGGAGUCUUGCUCAUAGAACAGAUGGUCACUGGGCCAAAUCACUUGGAUCAACCUUCUUCAGGCGACUUGGAUGGUCUCCUUGUGGUCAUUUUAUCACCACUACUCACGGUUUCCAAAAGCCAAGGCAUUCUGCCCCUGUGCUUGAGAGAGGGGAAUGGUCUGCAACAUUUGACUUCUUAGGACACAAUGCUCCAAUUAUUGUGGUCAAGUUCAACCAUUCAAUGUUCAAAAAGUAUUUGUCUAAUGCUGAGGAAGUGAAGCCUAUGCGUGUUGGGUGGUCCAAUGGUGCCAACAAGACUGGUGGAAGCAAAGAGCCACAGCCAUACAAUGUUAUUGCCAUUGGAAGUCAGGAUCGAACUAUAACCGUAUGGACUACUUCAAGUCCUCGUCCUCUUUUUGUCGCCAAGCAUUUUUUUACUCAAAGUGUUGUUGAUUUAUCAUGGAGCCCUGAUGGAUAUUCACUUUUUGCCUGUUCCUUGGAUGGAUCUGUUGCUGCAUUUCAUUUUGAUGCAAAAGAACUAGGCCAGAGACUCAGUGAUGCAGAGCUAGAUGAGUUGAAAAGAAGUCGCUAUGGUGAUGUGAGAGGUCGUCAAGCAAACUUAGCAGAGUCUCCAGCCCAGUUAUUGCUAGAAGCAGCUUCUACCAAGCAUACACCAAGUAAAAAAGUGGUUUCGAAUCAGCUAAACCAAACAAUUGCAAAAGCAUAUGUAGAUACACGCGUUGGUGCAAAGAAUGUGGAGCCUCAAGUUGAUCAUAAUAAGAAGAGUGGAGGUCCUAGUAGUGACGCGUUAAACAAAAUUACAACAACUGCACGGAUUUCUAGCCCUGUCAAGCAAAGGGAAUAUAGACGUCCUGAUGGAAGGAAAAGAAUUAUUCCAGAAGCAGUUGGAGUACCUGUUCAGCAAGAAAAUAUUUCUGGUGCAGUUCAAUCUCAAGCACUUGAUUUCCCUCUUGUGUCUUCUAAUCAUCAAAUGGUUAGCAAUGGAGUUGUAUCUAUUGAUGAUGGUGUAAGAGCAACUACCUUGGGUGGAGCGCUUGGCAGGAAUUCAGAUAUAAAAGAACGUUCAGGAGUUACUGCUAGGGCUACGAUUUCUGACAGCCUGGUGAUAGAGAAGGUUCUGGGUUCUUCUGGAAGAGAUGGAGUCAUCAAUGUUGAGCAGUUCGGAAGUUCAACGACUACUGGUUCUCAUGCCACUCUUUCCAUUAGGAUAUUUGACAAGAAAGGUGGGGAGGAUACUUUACCUAUUUGUUUGGAAGCACGGCCUAGAGAACAUGCUGUGAAUGACACUGUAGGGGCUGUAAAUGCAUCCAUGAUGAGAGAAACAGAAAUUGCUUGCACAAGAGGAACUCAAUCACUUUGGUCUGAUAGGAUAUCAGGAAAAGUCACAGUUUUAGCCGGAAAUGCAAAUUUUGUUGCGGUUGGUUGUGAGGAUGGAUGUCUCCAGAUUUACACAAAGUGUGGGAGACGAGCAAUGCCUACCAUGAUGAUGGGAUCUGCAGCAAUAUUCAUAGACUGUGAUGAAAGUUGGAAAUUGUUGCUGGUGACAAGAAAAGGGUCCGUGUAUUUAUGGGAUUUGUUCAACCGAACCUGUCUCCUUCAAGACUCGUUGGCUUCUCUUGUUGCUUCAAGUCCUAGUUCAGCUGCUAAAGAUACCGGCACUAUCAAAGUUAUAUCUGCAAAGCUAUCAAAAUCUGGUUCUCCUCUUGUUGUUUUGGCCACUCGUCAUGCUUUCGUAUUCGACAUGAGUUUCAAGUGUUGGUUAAGAGUUGCUGAUGACUGCUUCCCUGCAUCAAAUUUCGCCAGCUCUUGGAGUUUGGGCUCCAUUCGAAGUGGUGAAUUGGCUGCUUUGCAGGUUGAUGUUAAAAAAUAUUUGGCCCGGAAGCCAGGUUGGACCAGAAUGACUGAUGAUGGAGUGCAGACACGUGCUCAUUUGGAAGCUCAGUUGGCUUCUUCUUUGGCUUUGGGAUCCCCCAAUGAAUAUCGCCAAUGCCUAUUGUCGUAUGUACGCUUUCUUGCAAGAGAAGCGGAUGAAUCUCGAUUACGAGAAGUCUGUGAGAGUUUCCUUGGACCUCCAACAGGCAUGACUGAAGGAGCAUCGUCGGAUAAGAAUUUGGCAUGGGAUCCUGUGGUGCUUGGAAUGAGGAAACACAAGCUCCUUAUCGAAGACAUUCUUCCAGCCAUGGCAUCAAAUAGGAAAGUCCAGAGACUGCUGAACGAAUUCAUGGAUCUUGUAUCCGAAUACGAAAUUGCUGAUGCUAAUCAUGAUCAAAGAAAUCCAAUUUUACUCAAGACAUCUUCACCUAUCACCAAUCUAAAAGAGAGCGGUCCAUUAUCGACAUAUGUAAAGGAUACUCCCAAGGAUGCAAUAUACAGCAAGGAAAACAAUGCUUGGGCGGCAAAGAGUCGCACAAAUGAAGCAAGUGAAAAUGAUCAAAUUGUUCAAGAUACACCAGAUCAGUAA